GCUGCAACAGCGUCAUAAGCGCUUGCGGGCGCGGCAGCUGCUGGCCAGGAGCUCUGGCUCUGCUCAGGGACUUGCACGUGUGGAAGAUCCAUGCCGAUGUCGUCGGCCUGAACUCAGCGUUGAAGGCCGUGGCGGAAGCGAGUCGCUGGCGACAGGUUUCUUCCUUGCUGUUGGCGGUUCAGGAAGAGGGAGUUGAACCGGACCUCGUAAGCUACACAGCCGUUAUGGACGCGGCGCAGAGGAGUCAACGUUGGCCUGCAGCCUUGGGCGCGCUUCGGACCCUGCAGCAGCGACGCCUGCAAGCAGACGUGAUCUGCUUCACCACGUUGCUGUCUGCAGUGCAGCGUAGUGCGCAGUGGCGGCUCGCGCUGACGGUGCUGGCAGACAUGGCAAGGACCCGGGUGCAACCCGAUCUCAUCUGCCACAAUGCGGCACUGGCAGCUUGUCAGGAGGGCCCCUGGUGGCUGGCAGUGGCGCUCCUUGACAACCUUGGGAGCAGCAACCUCUGUCCAGAUAUUGUCAGCUUCAACACGGCGAUCACGGCCUGCCUGCGAAACGAGCAGUGGCAGAUGGGGCUUUCUUUCCUGGAG